AUGGAAGAUAGCAAUAGGAAUGAUGAGGAUUUUAUUACUUUCUAUGAAAUAUUGAAAUUUAAUAAUACUGGAAUAUCUCAAAAUAUCAUUCAAAAUAAAGAUGAAAAGUAUAAAAUUGAAGAAGAAGCAUCUAAUGAGUAUAGCCAACUAGAAUUACAGAGCAUAAUCGAUGAAAAAGAACAGAUCAAAGGAAAAAUGCAAAAAUUAAAAAUUACAAUCGAUGAAGCUUUAAAAAAUAGAACAGGUUAUGGAAUCAGGAUUUUUUUUGCGAAUCUAGAAGCUUAUGUUAAUUUACUACCAUAUCGAUUACUUGACCUUAAGCUUUUAUCUAAAAAGUUUGAUAAUGGCCCAGUAGAGCUUGCGCCUGAACACAACAAUAUAUACAUAUCACAAAUUAUUGAAGCAAAUAAUACACAAAGCAACGAAUCUGAAACAUUUACAUGGAAAGAUGGCAAGUUGAUUAAUACUCCACUUGAAUAUAAAGAGUUUUUGAAUGCUUAUAUAAAUCUAUUGGUAACGCCUUAUAGUAGAGAAGAAUUAAACAUAAAUAUUACGGAUGAUACAUUAUUGUUAUUUAUGAAAAGUCCUAUAAUUGAUAAGAGUAUAUAUUUGUAUAUUUGCAAUGAUUUAUUAUGUGUAAAUAUACCAGAAAGUUAA